AUGUCCCCCCACGCCUCUUCACCCUCGGCCUCGCCCACGAAGCGCAAGCACUCGCCCUCCCUCUCCAUCGACCUCAGCAACCUGCCCCAACUCACCACAAUCCCCGUGCCGUCCAACACCCUCAUCAUCACAAACCUGAACGACCCUGCCAUCUUUGGCCCCACCAACCUCGCAACCAUCAAAGCCGCCUUGGACGCACACGCAACCACCUACUCUUUCUCUCCCCUCAAGUCAUUCCGUCGUAUCAUCGCCUCCUUCUACAGCGUCGAGGCCGCAAUCGACAUUCGCACCAAACUCGAUGGCGAAAAUGUGUUGGGCCAAAGGAUAAGAGUCUACUUUGGCGCAGAGACAAAGAUCGCAAGCCACGAAGACCAACACUUGAAAGCUCCAUCCACUGGCAAACUCUUCUUCAUCUCGCCUCCCCCCUCGCCACCCCACGGCUGGGAGUCCCGCCUCGAAGACGCCCCUAACAAGGAAGUCCACGCCGAGGACCUCGCAGACGCUCUGCACAAGCUUUCCUCAGUCCCUGAAGACGACGCUGCUCCCCAAACCGAGCAAGCAGAGCAGCAGACGGCACCAGUGACUGUGCCGCAGGUGCAGAGGAGUAGGGCUGAUUCAAGAACGAUCGUGUAUUCGCCGGUUGAGCAGGGCCACUCGCCGUUGCUACCCGCUAUUGCAGUCGAGGAUACCAGUGCCGAGGCGUCGCCUGUGGAUGAGACAUUUGGAUUCGACGCUCAGAAGCCUUUGGUGCAUACUGCUCGUCCUCCUGUCGAGCUCAUGGAGGAGUGA